UUCGGUGUUCGCGAGCUGAGUUUUCUCUGACCCCAGACCCUUGAAACUCAACCACUCCUUGCCACUAUCAAUAAAACAAACAAACAAAGGAACUUAAUAUCCCGAUACCGCCUGACACCGUCGCCAAGGAGCAAACUUGUGGACAACAUGAGCAGCAAGGUGACCUUCGCCUUCGACAGCAAUCCCCUGGGGGUCUAUCAAGCCGGUCAGCUAAUCUCCGGCACCGCGGAACUGGUUACCGAGCGUCCAAAAACCAUUCGAUCGAUCUUUAUAACCAUAAAUGGAUACGGCGAGACGCGAUGGCAGGAGAGCGAGGAACGAGUGGGCGAGGAUGGGAAGACGACCAAGUCAUUGGUGACCCACACCACCACCGAAGUGUACUACAGCACUGACCAGCCGGUGUACGGUCAAGCUGGCGGAUCUCAGCUGGAGCUACCCACUGGCAAGUACGUAUUUCCCUUCCGGACCACUAUUCCGCCCAAUGCACCUACCUCCUUCAAUGGCGAACAUGGUCAGAUUAAGCACGAGGUUACCCUGACCAUCGAUCGCGCAGUGCGCUACAACAAUACAUUUAAACAGUGCUUCUCAGUGAUCCUGCCACACGAUCUGAACACGCGGCAGGAGUACAAGGAACCCUUGAAACGUCUGGAGUCGAAGAGCUUUUGGUGGGGCUCGAUUUUCGGUGCCCACAAACCCAUGAUCAUGGACGUAAGCACCUCUUAUUCCGCAUACGUGCCCGGGCAGAAGAUCAAUUUCCAUUUGGUCUUAGACAAUCAAUCGGAUGUCCAGUGCAUGGAUGUGAAGGUGCGUUUGCUCAAGAACGUUUUAUAUCGGGCCAACUCUUCGGGAGCUAAGGAGCAGAUUAAGGUGACCGAAUCCCGGGUGGCUGAUAAACAUUGCGGUGAGGUGCUGAAACACAAUAAGGCCAAAUUCGACGAGUUCCUUGUGGUACCGCCAACCACUCCUUCGACCCAAAGUGAAAAGGAUCCCAUUCGCGUUAGCUAUACACUGCGCUUUAUAGCCAAGACCUUUAAACUUCAUGGUGGCGGGGAUUUGGUCAUGGAUUUUCCAAUAACCAUCGGCACAGUGCCUCUAUUGGGAAGUGCUGAUGACAAGGGACCCGAGCAGACGGAAAAGACUCCGUCCAAUGGGAACUCUCAUCCAGGUUCUCCCAUCUUCCAGGAAGACGUCAGUGAAGAACAAUUUGAGUCCAACUCCUUUAAACCUAAAUAUCCAGUUUAUCCAUUUGAUGGAAAACAGGGAACUAAUGGAUCUAAUGGGGCGGCCAAUUUUCCCAGUCUUUACCCCAAAGCGGAGGAUGUGGCGCCUGCUGCACCUGUUAAGUUCACACCCAAUCCUGUGUCGCCAGCCACACAAAAAGUACCACCAUAUCCGACCAAUACACCUGUUGUUGCUCCUCCGGGCGGUAAUUUCGAGGUACUUGGUUUCAGCAUACCACCUGACUACAAGCCCACCCCCAGUGCUCCAGCCGAUGCUCCCACAGGCGGCAUUGGGUGGAAAUAGGGUGCACUGCUUAACCAUUUUGUAUUCUACUCUUUAAGCCAUUUUUGAAUAAACCGGAAAGCGCGCCAAAGUGGCAAUGCCGUAAGCUUGACAUUUA